AAUGUUGGCAAAAUCCAUGGCUACGGCAUUGAUUCUACUUCUUUUCUCGUCGGUUUUGUUAUGGAAUCCUUCAUUUUCACUCUCUCAUUAUCUACGGGCUGGCUCAUCACUCUCAGUGGAGGCUCCGGCUGAUGUUUUGACUUCACCUGAUGGAAGUUUCAGCGCCGGUUUCCACCCUGUUGGGCAGAACGCUUACUCCUUUGCGAUAUGGUUCAAUAAACCAACCUGCAGUGCUAAGAGUUGCACCAUCGUUUGGAUGGCGAAUCGGGACCAACCAGUCAAUGGCAGAUCGUCGAAGCUAAGUCUACUGAGAUCGGGUAACCUUGUUUUAAAAGAUGCUGGUCACAUCAUAGUUUGGGAAACGAAAACUGUGUCGGCCACAGCCGUUGGAUUGAAGCUCGAAAAUGGCGGCAACCUUGUCUUGCGUGAUUCUGAAGGCCUUAUAUUGUGGCAAAGCUACGAUUCACCGACGGAUACUCUGCUUCCUCUUCAACCAUUCAAUGAGAAUUCGAAACUCAUCUCAUCAAGAAGCCAAGGGAACUACUCUUCGGGCUAUUAUCAGCUUUACUUCGACAUUGAUAAUGUCCUUUGCCUUGUGUACAAAGAUCCUGAGUUCUCAAGCGUUUACUGGCCAAGUCCAUGGCAUUUGAGAUGGGAAGCUGGGAGAUCCACGUUCAACAACUCCAAAAUAGCUGUUCUCGACUCUUUGGGUAAUUUUACCUCAACAGAUAAUUUUACCUUCUUGUCAGCUGAUUAUGGUUCGAAUAUCUCGAGGAUGCUGAAACUGGAUUCUGAUGGGAAUCUUCGGUCGUAUAGUCUAAAAGAGGAUGGUGAAGCUUGGAUUGUUUCAUGGCUAGCCUUCCCUCAACCAUGCAUGGUUCAUGGAUGCUGUGGACCGAACAGCAUAUGCAUUUAUAGUCCUGGUUUUGGUAGGAAAUGUCGUUGCAGUCCGGGUUAUAAGCUGAAGAAGCCUAAUGACUGGUCCCUCGGUUGCGAACAGGAGUUUCCGCUUUCAUGUAACCAAACUGAUCAGCUUGAUUUCCUCAAGCUCCGCCAUGUUGAAUUCUAUGGUUAUGAUUUCAACAUGCAUCCUGACGUCACCUUGGAGGAUUGCAAGCAGAUUUGCUUGCAGCUGUGCGAUUGCAGAGGUUUUCAGUUCAGGUUUACCAAAGCUCAUGAAUCAGAUGGUACAUAUUGUUACCCCAAGACACAACUGUUGAAUGGACAUCGCCCACCUAAUUUUAAUGACGAUUUCUACAUGAAACUGCCCAAGGCUAUUGUCUCUUCUUACAUUGACACUGUUGAAUAUCCAGAGUUACAAUGCUCCUACCAUGUGGAGCAGCUUGAACGAAAAUAUACCAAAAGGCAGCAAAACAAGUCAUCUACAUUUGUCCUUAGGAUAGCUUGUGCAAUCGGGGGAGUGGAGUUGAUUACCGUUUUGUUGGUAUGGAAUUUCUUCAUUAGAACCAACGAUAAAUCAAGCUCAAAUGCAGGCUACCUUCUAGCUACAACUGGCUUCAGAAAAUACACCUAUGGCGAGCUGAAAAAAGCCACAAAUACAUUCUCGGAAGAGAUCGGAAGAGGUGCAGGAGGAAUCGUUUACAAAGCGACACUAUCCGACGGUCGAGUUGCAGCAAUCAAACGACUCAUCGACGCUAAUAAAGGGGAAGAUGAAUUCCUAGCUGAAGUAAACACAAUUGGGAAGCUUAACCACAUGAACUUGAUAGAGAUGUGGGGUUAUUGUGCGGAGGGAAAGCACAGGUUAUUGGUGUACGAGUACAUGGAACAUGGAUCCUUGGCUGAAAACAUCUCUUCAAGUUAUCUUGAUUGGGAUAAAAGAUUUGAUAUUGCUUUGGGAACAGCAAGAGGCCUAGCGUAUUUACAUGAAGAAUGCUUGGAAUGGGUUCUCCAUUGUGAUAUAAAGCCUCAAAACAUUCUCAUAGACUCCAAUUACCGACCCAAAGUGUCGGAUUUCGGCCUCUCUUGGCUGCUAAAUAGAGGCGACGUGAAGUAUUCAAAAGUCUCGAGGAUCCGAGGAACCAGAGGCUACAUGGCACCUGAGUGGGUGUUAAAUCUUCCCAUCACCUCCAAGGUUGAUGUGUAUAGUUAUGGGAUCUUGUUAUUGGAGUUGGUGACAGGGAAAAGCCCUGCAAUGGAAAUCGAAGUGAGUGAUGAUGGAAGUUCAAAAGUGCAAAGAACGUUAGUUGCAUGGGUGAGAGGAGAAGUGGCAAGAGCCCUAGAGAGUGGAACAUGGAAGCAUGAAAUAAUAGAUCCCAAGCUGGAAGAUAUAUAUGAUGAGACUGAGAUGGAAACUAUGGUCAAUGUAGCUCUUCGUUGCGUUCAGGAAGAUAGAGAUGAAAGACCCACAAUGGGUGAAGUUGUCCGGGUACUGCUUCGAGAUGGAAGCCAUAGAUCGGCAGUGGAAUGAAUCUUCUCUUGCAACAACA